AUUGUUAGACGGCUGAGUUUAGCGGAACAUGUGCUUGUGCUGUGUACGGUCAUCUUCGAUCUUUAUUCACCGAUAAAGAGUUAGCAAGCAGUCAUGACAUCUUUAGCCCAGCAGCUUCAGAGGUUGGCUGUACCUGAGGCAAGGGCUGCUGUCACUGCUCAGAGGAAAGACAGAAAGUCCUUACUUUUUGACCCUGCCGAGGCCGGAGGACUAGACAAAGAUACAUUCUAUGCCAUCGGUGUCAAUGGUUUGCAAGAGUUGCAGGGCAUCGAUCCGCGAUUCCACGACCUUGAGAGUCUUCUAUUCGAUGAGGCAUCCAAGUCACUGGAACGUUCCAUUGAGAGUAGGGAGAUCAACGAUAAACUAGACAAGAAGAUCAGGCAAUUCUUGUUGACCGUCUCCCCCUACUUCCUCCUGAAACCAGCGCAGAAGGCUAUUGAAUGGCUAGUUUACAGGUUUCAUAUCCAGGAGUACAAUACCGAUGACCUGAUGAUGUGUGUGCUUCCAUACCAUGAGACCAAAAUCUUUGUCAGAGCUGUUCAGCUUCUCAACCUCAAGAAUAAGAAAAGCAAGUGGAAUUGGUUGGAGCGUAUUCAGAAACCAGGUGUGAGCUUGUCAAGGCUUUCCCUUGUCACCCACUGCAUCUCUGACCGAGGAUUUCUCCAUUUCAUCUGUGAACUCCCUCUGCUUGCAAUCAAGGCUCACAAGAAGACUGUCCUUCCUGGGGGUUCCCCUAACCCACCCUCCAACGCCCCUCUCCGUGUCAUGUUCACCUUCUAUGCCGCCACCGUGGUCUCGGCCAUCUCGUCGCCGGGGGCGAUCAAGGAAGUCUUCUUGGCCUCCAUCCUCCCGUUCCUCCUCCGAGGUCUAAAGCUGGACUACCUGGAUUAUAAUGGCGCUACCUACAUGAUCGUCUGCCAGCUCGGUGUGUCUGCAACACUCAAGAACACGCUCUUGGAGCCCCUCAUGGAAGCCAUGUGCCAGCAUGUGAAUGCUGAGAUGAUCCAGCAGAUGUUAGGGUGCUUAGCAGUGUUGUGUAGGACUCAGAACAUCAAACAGCUUCCUGGAAAAGUGAUGUUCCAGAUCUGUGCCUUGCCGAAGGUCUUGAUCUCCCUCGCCCAGCUGUCUAAGUCACACAACAUCACCCCUCUGCUCGCUGCCCUGCUCCCUCACCUGACUACCACAGCUAUCAAUGCAGAAGUCAGUGAGGAAAUUGAAUUUCCAGAGGGGUGCAAGGAGCUGGAUUUGAUAGCCUCCCUGACUGGAAUCCUGAGAGAGAUCCAUGUGGAGAGCCACAUUGUGGUUGACACUGCAAGGUGUCUUCUCCAUGGGUAUGUGUCUGCAUGUACCGAUGGCCUCGAUGACGACCGCAGGAGAGACCUCAGAGAGAAGAUCGCUCCUGUAGUGCAGAGCUUGGAAAGGAGGUUUCCCGAAGCAAUGGAUUUUAUUCUUGAGUCUUACCUAGCGGAGGUGGAGGAUCAGGAUAAGCAGCAGUAUGUCCAGGAUUUUGUCUCUAUGUACUCAGGAGGCAUGAAACAUCAGCUUCUCCCUGAAGCUAACACAAGCCUGGUAUUGAGUCUUAACCACGCCAAUCCAGAUGUGAGAAGAAUGGCUGUCAAUCACAUCCACAAUCUCAUUCAACAGGGAGGAGAGUUAGAGCCAUUUUUCCAGGAGAGUCUGCUUCAGAGACUACAAGAUGAUUCCCUCUCUGUAGUAGGUGCAGUCCUGCAGAUUGAUGAGUGCCUUUGUGAGUUGCUCCCUGCGGAUCCAGUGUUUGCAGCUCUCCAGAAACUCCUCAACAAAAGGAAGAAGAGGCAUGGUGAUGAUUGGGGCAACAUGGUCAAAGGAGCAAUCAAGAUCAUCACCAGCCAAGCCUUCGUCUCCAAGGCCCCUCACCUGGUAGAUGAUGCGGUUGCCAUGACGAUACCACACAUCUUCCUAACCACCCAAGCAAACUCUAGCUUGGAGUUGGAGCUUCGAGCUGCAAUUGCUAGAUCCCACCUGGUCACUAGUCAUCCACUGAUGAAAGGCUUAAAAUCUGGUGAGUUACAAUUAUACACAUUGUUAUUUCUUACUCCUUGA